CAUAAUAAUAUGAAGGGGGGUUGCUAGCAUUCUUUAGUUUUUCGAGAAAAUGAAAACAAAACCAAAAGUAUGUUAUUGUCGUCGUUUGUUGGUGAAUUUAAAUCAUCGUUAUAAUUUAUUAAUGACACGAAACCUCGACGAUAAAAUGAUAGAAAAGUAGCAGAGAAAGAAAGAAAUGAUUCUGGAAAGCGUUUGAUCACGUUUUUCAUUAUAAACAAUGCGUACAACAUUUGCAAAUUAUAAAGGAAAUUCUGACUUUUUUUUAUCAAAUAUUUAAACCAAGAUGGCCAGCAUCGCUAUGUCUUCCCAUGCGCCUCCUAUUUCUCCUCCUGGUCAAAUGGCGGGUCUGUUAGCUUCGUGCAAGGGGACCGUGUAUGUUUUUAAAAACAACUUGCAUUGGGAAGAUGUGUUUGGGAACAAGACUCACAAGAUUCUCCUUAUACAAAAAUCCGGAAGUUACAUUAUGUUCGUUGUUAACGACGUAUCAAAAUUUGAGGUCAAAGCAAGGAUCCUGUUACGGGCAAAUACAGUUUUCAAACAGCUCCAACAGAAUUUUUUCAGCCUUCUUGAUAAUGGCUUGUUCGUGUGGGGCUUUAGUAUUCAACCCUCGCAAGGAGAGACAUUUGCUGUUGUCCUACAAAAUAUUUUGAUAUCAAUCAAAGAUGCACACAAAGCCAAAAAAACCGUGGCAAAUAUCCAAGAAAAGUCCAUCAAUAAACUCAUAGAACCUAAUGGUGAUCAACAGCAAUAUUUAAAUAACAUUUGUCUGACACUAAGUGAGGCUAUACGUCAGGGAAAUGAUCAGUUUGCCAGUGAACUUGCACGACAGUUGGCAUCAAAAAAAGCUGCUGUUGUGAUCAGAAUUGAUGAUCUUAAAAAUUCUCAAUCAAACUUAGAAGGAAGCGAUGCUAGCACAAUAAACCUUAAAGUGCAAGUAGAAGAUAAAGAGGCAACAGGAUGUAGUUUUCGUCUUGAUGUUGCACCGCAAAUUACUCUGAAUCAACUCAAACAGAUAGUGCAAGCAAAGUUUCAAUUUCCAACCGAAAUUCAACGUUGGAUAAUUAGCAAGCGUCUCCCUAAUCCUCAUGAAAGUCUAUUGGAUUGUGGGAUACGUAAAUCAGGUCAUACAGUCUACCUCUAUCUUGUAUCUGUUCAAUCGGCUGGAAACAACCAAGCAACACCGCCAGUGGCCUCAGUCGAGAGUCGUUCAGAAAGUUUGGAUUCUCAGCAUGAAGCAGAUAUCCUCCAACGCAAUGAUCCACAAACGUUUCCUACAAUGCCUUUAACUAGAGUAGAAAUACCUGCACCUGUAGGCUGGGAAUGCCCGCAAUGCACUUAUCUGAACUCACCGCUGAGACCCGGAUGCGAGAUAUGCACAGCGAGUAGACCUGAAAACUAUAAAAUCCCGGAAGAUUAUGUCCCAGAUGAGAAGGAACAAAGAAUACUUGAACAAGAAAGAAAUGAGGAAAGGUUAUUAAUCGAGGAGGAAGAAAGACAAAAACGUGUAGCUGUAGAACAAAGAAAUCGCAAUUAUCAACAGUUAAUGUCCGUUGCAUUACGUGAACCUCUAAUAUCAAAUCAAGAGGAGAUAGAAUGUCCAAUUUGUUUUGAUACUAUCCCAGUUGGAGAAGGGGUUAUACUUAGAGAAUGUCUUCAUAGUUUUUGCAGAUUUUGUCUGGUAGCACACAUUAAUGCAUCGCAAAAUGCCGAAAUUCAAUGUCCAUUUGACAACGGUGACUUUCAAUGUCAUGACAUCAUCACAACACAAGAAAUACAAGAGCUUUUAAGCGAAGACGAUUUCCAGAAGUAUCUUCAGCGAAGUUUGUCGACUGCGGAGCAUCAAGAAAAGAAUAGUUUUCAUUGUCAAACACCGAACUGUCACGGCUGGUGUAUUUAUGACGAUGAAGUGAAUGAUUUCGACUGUCCUGUUUGUCACAAAAGAAACUGUCUAACAUGCAAAGCUAUUCAUUUUCCCGUCAACUGUAAAGACUAUCAAGAUGAUUUAAAACGAAAAUCAAUGAAUGACGAGGCUGCAAAAAAGACACAAGCAUAUCUUGAGGAAAUGUUGAGAACAAAAGGUGGCAUGAAAUGUCCUCAAUGUGGAAUCAUUCUGAUCAAAAAGGACGGCUGUGAUUGGAUGAAGUGUUCCAUGUGUAAGACUGAAAUAUGUUGGGCCGUUCGUGGUCCAAGAUGGGGACCUGGGGGUCCUGGUGAUACAAGUGGUGGUUGUAAAUGUCGUGUAAAUAACGUCAAAUGUCAUCCAAAUUGCCAAAACUGUCACUGAACUUAAGGUUGUUGGCAGAUAGCGAAGGGACUGGAUACCAUGUUUGUAAAUUAUUAGACGUCAAUAAUUAUAUUAAACAUGCUGUCGUCACGAGUA